AUGAGACUUUCUAUCCUCUCCGUCUUCUCUCUUGUCGGCGCCGGCAUGGUGUCCGCCCUUCCCCAGGAGUCCAACCUGUCCAUGAAGCGCUCUGAUACCUCGGAAUGUGUCGGUCCUCUCCUCUGCUGUGGUACUCUCACCACUCCUCUCGACCCCGUUGUCGACCCCCUCCUGUUGGCUCUUGGCAUUGAUGCUGCCAACAUCGUUGGAUCCAUUGGUCUUCUCUGCCAUGGAUACGAGGAAUCCAGCUGUCCCACUAAGCCCCAGUGCUGCACCGAGGCUAAUCUCCUGGGUGGCACCCUUGCUCUUGGAUGCGCGGAUCUGAAAUAG